GUAAGACAGCUGAGAGAAAGAGAGAGAGAGAGAGCAAGCGACAGAGGCUCAGAUAGAGAGAGAGAGGUCUAAAGCCUUCUCCUUGGAGCUUAUAGUGUGCUACCUGGACUCCAUACGUGUUUUCAUCUCUUCACAAUCAAAGGUACUUUGUCAUGGGGAACCUCCUUAAAGUGUUAACAUGCACAGACCUUGAACAAGAGCCCAACUUCUUCCUCGAUUUUGAAAAUGCCCAGCCAACAGAAGCAGAGCGGGAAACGUGGGAAGAAGUGGAUGUGGUCCUAAAAGAUGCACUGGGAAUACUUGACGAACUACAGGCAUAUAAAGGCGCAGGCCAAGAGAUACGAGAGGCAAUCCAGAACCCUAAUGAUGAGGCAUUACAAGACCAGGCAUGGGCUGCUGUGGUGCCGCUAGUAGGCAAACUAAAGAAGUUCUAUGAAUUUUCACAGAGAUUAGAAGCAGCGCUGCACAGUCUAUUAAGAGCACUCACUAGUGAGACAUAUGAUGACCCCACACAGCAUCUGGAGAGAGAACAGGCCCUCGCCAAACAGUUUGCUGAGAUCUUGCACUUCACACUGCGCUUUGACGAGCUCAAGAUGACAAAUCCUGCCAUUCAGAAUGACUUCAGUUAUUACAGGAGGACCUUGAGCCGGAUGAGAAUCAAUAAUGUUCCAGCAGAGGGAGAAAAUGAAGUCAAUAAUGAGCUGGCCAAUCGAAUAUCUCUAUUUUAUGCCGACGCCACGCCGAUGCUGAAAACAUUAAGUGACGGCACAACAAAAUUCGUAUCUGAGAAUAAAAACUUGCCCAUUGAGAACACCACAGAUGUAUUGAGCACCAUGGCAAGUGUGUGCAAAGUCAUGUUGGAAACCCCAGAAUACCGCAGCCGCUUCAGCAGUGAGGAGACCGUUUCCUUCUGUCUGCGUGUCAUGGUCGGGGUCAUCAUCCUUUAUGACUAUGUCCAUCCUGUUGGUGCAUUUGCAAAGUCCUCAAAAAUAGACAUGAAAGGCUGCAUUAAAGUGCUCAAAGAUCAGCCUCCAAACAGUGUGGAAGGUCUUCUAAAUGCUCUCAGGUACACAACAAAACAUCUUAAUGAUGAGUCGACCACUAAGACCAUUAAAAGCAUGCUGCAGUAGCGACAAACUCUGGGACAUACACCACUGGCCUCAAGCAAAUGCUCAGGAGAUGCACAUACACUCUCUCUCCUGGACUAAAGCGAUGCACAGAAUGUUUUUUUUUUUAUUAAACUGAAAAGAAUCAGACAAAAGCUUAAUCUUUCCUUGUCUUUUUACAAAACAGAUGCUACUGGCGUUACGUGUGGUUUUCUGUGCCAAAAAAAAAAAAAAAAUGUUUUGCUGAAAUCCCUUGUUUUUAAUGUUCCUGAAUGACAGCCAUGCUACUUAUGGCAGCUAUGAAAGCAUUGUUAGAUUUUAUUUGUGGUAAAUAUUUAAAAAGGUAGGGUGAGUGUUUUGACUUGAAUAUAAAAUAUCUAUAUAUUAUCUAUAUGAUCUAGAUAGACACAAAAAAUUCUAUAAAAAAGAGAGAAAUAUAUUAUUUUUGUUUGAAUUAAUAUUUAAUGUUACAUUCUCUGCAUGGCAAGAUGAUUACAUUUCUUCUAUUUAAAAGAAAACUAAUGUUUCAGAUUCAUUUGUCUGCUUGAUUUUGUGUAAAAGAAAAAAAGUGUUUAAAUUAUGUUUUGAAAUGGUACUUAGAGAUUAAAAAUGGAGAUUAAUUGAUAGACCUUUUCAAGUUUUAUAUUUUUUUAUAGUUCUCGAUUUGUGUUGUUUUUUCUUUCCAUAGGUGUUCUAAUUUUGUUUUUGUUCUUUUUUUGAUCUUAAAACUAGCUUUCAAAAACUGUGAUCGUUUGUAAUCUGUCCGAUGUGAUGACAACAUGAUCUUAAGAGGAAAUAAAGUGCUUUCAUUUUUAUAA